AUGCCACGUAUCCUACCAUUGUACUAUUCAGAGAGUUCACAACGGGAUUCACCACUGCCGGUACUUGUCGUUGUACAUGGUGAUGAAUACGGUUGGAAUGCGGGAAGUCCUUAUAACGGAAGUAUUCUGGCGUCUCAUGGGCAAAUUGUCGUCGUCACAUUGAAUUAUCGUCUAGGAGUAUUCGGGUUUCUCGGACGUUGUGAAUCAUCAUCAUGUUCCGGCAAUAGCGGCAUUUCCGAUCUGGUCUCAGCGUUGACAAUGUUGAAUGUGGUGCUGCCACCGUUUGGAGGAGAUCCCAAAGCUGUCACGUUACUCGGAUGGGGUUCGGGUGCUUCAUUGGUCUCGCUGUUAAUGGCUUCUCCACUGACGCAACCUGGUCGUCGUCUAUUCAGACGAGCUAUCCUUCUCGAUGGUACAGCAUUGGCUCCGUGGGCUAUGGCUCAUAAUCCGCAACAGUACUUCGCUCAAGUCGCUGAAAAUUUAGGGUGCUUGUCUCGGAAUCGAUCGGCUACAUACAAUGACAACGCUGAUACUACACUUCGAUGCAUGCAGGAUCAUCCUGCUGACAAUGUAACUAAAGCAGUACAAGCUAUCAGUAUACCAACAUUCCUAAGCGGUUUCGCUCCGAUAGUGGAUGGACAGUUAAUUCCAAACUCGCCACGGAUUUCUUUCUCCAAUCAAUAUGGCUCAUUAUUCCGUGAAAUUGAUUUGCUCGUCGGAUUCUCUUCAAAUCCGGCCCACUAUCUAUUGUCAAAUGAGGAUUUGAAGUCAGGAUUAUCGAAGGAAAGGCGUCAGAAAAUUUUCAGAACUCUUGUGAGAAAUCUCUACGACUAUCAUCGUACCGAAUUGCUAGCGGCCAUUAUCAAUGAAUACACCGACUGGGAGAAUCCACGUGUGAGUAACUGCUUCAUUGAUCCUUUGACUGUUUCAGCUUCUUAUAUUUACCAGUUGGAUGGCCUGUUGGCAUAUUUGCUCCUCCCAUGA